AUGGCUACAGGAGGAGAGAAUUUUGACGAUAUCGAUCCAGCUCUCAAGGCAGCGAACGACAAAAAUCUGGCCCUCCUCGACCAGAUGAAAAUGAUGCGAGAGGAAAUGAAUUUCUACCAAGCCAAGCUCGCUGAAAGGCAACCCGCCAUCACUGGUGAGAAGAAGAACAUCAAGCUACCUCCUUUUAAUCUAGAAAAACCGCAGCUAUGGUUUUCACAGGUAGAAUCUAUCUCUACAGUUUGGAACAUUACAAAUGAGAUGAUGCAAUAUUCUCUGCAGCAACGUUUACCUCGCCAAACGCAAGCUAUCUUGCAGACGCACGCUCAAGAAACAUCAAUCAAUGAACUGGCCAAAAUCGCAGACCGAAUUUUGGAGAUUGUCCCGCCUCCAUCUGUUUGCGCCGCUACUGCACCACCUGAGACUCAAACAUCCAAUCUUGAGAAAAUGCUCUUAGCUUUAACAGAGCGACUUGACCAACUCGAAGUGACCCAAAAGAAACUGCACCGCAACCUGUCUCGCUCACGGUCACGCUCUCGUUCCCGCUCGGAAAACGACCGUCGUAAUGGUGUCUGCUUUUACCGUCACAAGUUUGGCGAUGAAGCACGUGCAUGCCGUCAACCUUGCAGUUACAAACCUAAGUCCACGCCGACAAACUCCACCGGCAACCAGUAGUGGCGGCCGCUGGUUGCUCCACAGAAUCCAACCGCCUCUUUGUCACGGACGCCCGCAGCAAGUUAGGUUGUUACCUUAAUUAAGUUCUUUAUGUAAUAUUAUAAUUCAUUGUAAUAAUAUAAUAUACUGAAUUUUUAAAAAAAAAAAAAGUUAAGGUUUUUAUUUUACCUACUACGACCAUAUCAUUUUCAUGAAAUUAUUCUUAAAUUGAUUACAUGGUAAAAUUUUUCCUCCAAAAUGUA